AUGGCUAGAAUAAUUUUGAAAAAAGGAAGCAACAUAAAUCAUAAGGAUGCCAACGGAAUAUCUCCCCUUCAUAUCAGCGUCAAAUAUGGGCACCUAAACAUUGCCAAGUUCCUCAUCGAAAAUGAUGCCAACGUGGACAUAACAGACAAUGUUCGGACGAAACGGUGGAGCAGUAAAGAAGGCCCUUACCACAUAGGAGGGAUGCACGCCGAACGUGGACAGAGCCCCAUCUUUUACGCCAUAAUAAACAAGCACUACGACGUAAUACUCUCACACAACGCUUCUAACCGUUCCAAACAUUGCUAG